AUGGAGCGGCGCGAGUUGCUGCUUUUCGACGGGUCGCGCGUGCUUCCGAAGAAGCGCGGCGCGUGCAUGUACUACUACAAGACGGGGCGGUUCACUCUUAAGUACAUCAACCCGCGCAACACCACGCUCUCCCCGUCCGAUGCGUGGGCGCCCCACGGCAAGCAGCGGGUGCUCAGCGGCGACUGCCGCUUCGCGCUCAACGCGCAGUGCAAGAUCGUCAAGACCUUUCCCAGCGGAUGCGACGACGGCGACCGCUGUCGCAGAAGUCGUUGCGUGUGGUACGGGAAUCGCAUCGCCUCCCCCGCCGCCUGCUUCCCCUUCCCCUCUUGCUUCUUCGCGCCCGCACGCUGCUCCCGCUCCCCGCGCGUCCUCUGCGCGAAGAAGCGCCCCGCGAACGUCUUCCACGUCGUUGACGAUUUCGGAGCGGCGGGUAACGGGAUCGUGAACGACGCGCGUCCAAUCACGGCGGCGUUUGAGGCAGCGUGUCGUUACGCGGCUGGUUCUGCCGUUCCUGCUGCUGCGAAGAGCAAGGCGGGGAGACACGCGAUAGUGGUGAUCCCGAAAGGAAAAGUCUUUAAGUUUGGGAGCCCGAUGGUGUGGCAAGGCCCGUGCGGGGCGGGGAAUAUAACGAUUCGGCUGAGCGGGAAACUCGUCUUCCCGCUGAAUCCGCUGGCGUUUCGCGGGGUUCCUGAUUUCAUUCUGCUCCUCGACCGGAUCCAACGGCUGAGGAUCAUGGGGAGAGGCUCGAUCAACGGCAUGGGUUUUGUGUGGUGGGACCUGUUCAACAAGCAGCAGCUAAAGUGGAAUCAGAAGAUCAGGCCUGGAAUGCUGUUCCUGCACCGGUGUACCGACGUGCAGAUUAAUGGAAUCACACUUAGAAAUCCCCCGAUGCAGCACCUGCACCUGUAUCGCUGCAGCAACGUGCGAAUUUCUGGCGUUAAAACGCGUACGCCAGCAGACAGCCCGAACACCGACAGCAUUGGCAUCGGCAUGUCCACAAACGUCACUGUAGAGCACUGUACACUACAUGCAGGUGACGACAACGUGGCGAUCACGGGCGGCAGCAGCAACAUACUGCUGAGGAACCUAGUGUGCACUGCUGGGCAUGGCAUCAGCAUCGGCAGUUUGGGUGCGGGCGGCAGCCUGGCGUGUGUGUCGGACAUCCGCGUGCAGAACGUGCAGCUAGCAGCGCUCUCCAACGGGCUGCGCAUCAAAACCUACCAGGGCGGCCAGGGCGCCGUCUGGAACAUCCUCUAUGAAAACGUCACCAUGCAGGAUGUUACCAAUGCGAUCAUAAUCGACCAGAACUAUUGCGAUCGGAACAACGUGGGACCCGAGGGCUGCACGAGUAGCAGCGGCAACGCAAUCGCCAUCUUCAACGUCUCCUAUCGUAACGUCACUGGCUACUGCAACGGCAGCCGUGGGAUCGAUUUUUCUUGCAGCCCCGCCACCCCCUGCCGCUCCAUUUCCCUUGACUCAAUCAAUCUUAAGCGGUCCCUGCAGUCUACUUACCCCAGUUUGGGCUCCCGUUAUAGGAACGUAUACGGGAGCAGCGUUAGGGUGGCAAGUCCGAGGAUUCUGGGUGGUGUUGGGUGGAGCACAACCAGCAUUGCUGCUUCCAAGACGAAUAACAUUGCUGAUCAGGCAGCCAAAUGCGG